AGCCCUAAACCUUUGAAUAAUGGGGGAGGGGUUAUCCAGUUGCAGCGUCGUCAACUGCGUUCAUGAGAUGCCGUUCAAGGAUUUGCCUGGCUGGACUUUGGGUGGAUGCUCACGCUGUGUGUGCGAUUCCUUAUUCUUUAACUGCUAACUUGGGUGGAUCAAAGGUUCCGAGUCUCGGUAAUGGAUUUCAGCGACCGUGUUGACAAGGUGCUGCUGGCGGCGUUUCGUGCCAUGGAGCCGCCGUCGCGAAUCAUUUCUCUAGCAAGGAGGUUCGGAGGGGGGGUCUUGUCGAGUGAUGCCCAAACAUUUUUCCUUGAGAAAUGUCUUCAUGAUGAGACUUGCAACCGCUACCCACCAGGGUUGUUGUACCUUAGACGUGUUCUGAAGCAGAUGAUACUGGCGGCAGAAAAGGACGGUGAUGAAGUUCUGGAUGGGUUGUAUGAUUUGCAUGCUGUCUAUUUGCUGCCGCCUAAGGAAGGCUCCGCUGAAUUGGCUCCAAAGUGCUACAAAAGCUUCACUUACAAUAUUCCUGCCAAAACAAGAGCGUAUUUAGCGUGCAAGACAGGAUCUAAGAAGUUCAUGGAAGAGGUUGAGCAUCUAGUGACACUUCGAGUAUCCUUGAACAUGUUGGAAGGUGAUACUGGGUGUAGCGAUUGGCCUGCUGGCUUAUUGCUUUCUGAAUUUGUUUUAAGUCAUCCAGAGCUGUUCUUUGGCCAGAAAUGUCUAGAGAUAGGUGCUGGAGCAGGCAUGAUUGGGGUAUUGCUUUCACGCCUUGGUGCAUCUAAGGUAUUAUUGACUGAUGGUUCUCUGGCUACGUUGGCUAACAUGAAGCACAACUUGUCAAUCAACAAUAUUCCUGUGGAAGGAAUGAAAGAAGUCAACGACUCUCAGCAGUACACAAACCCCUCAACUCGGGUAGAGUGUCGGCAGUUGAUCUGGGAGACUCUCUGUGACAAAGAAUUACACGAUCUGGAAUCUAACAUCAUCUUGGGGGCUGAUUUGAUCUACGAUCCAUCGUAUAUUCCUCACCUUGUAAGGGUGUUGGCUUCUCUUCUGUCCCUUGAUCACCCUGCUACGAUCAGUCAAUUGGAACGUAGUGUUUAUGAGUACCCUGUUGCAUAUAUAGCUACUGCUAUCCGAAAUCCGGACACUCUUGUGUUCUUCGUAGAAGAGGUUAAGAAGGCAGGUCUUAGAAUGAUUGAAGUUAGUGAGAGUAUGCGGCCAGCACCUUGCUUAGGGAAUAUUGCUGCUCUUAACAGAGCAACAAUACUAAUACAUAAGUUGCAAGCUUGGAGUGAUUGACAUAGUAAGAAGGUACUCUACUUUUAUUUGUUAUUAUUAUACUAUUUAUGAUGAGCGCAAGCUCAUCAAUUUGCCUUUCAAGGGCUAAGAUCGUUUAAAUGCAAUUCUUUUGAGAUUUCCAAGA